CCCUUCGCUGACGCGCGUCGCGAAAGAGUGUGGUGUGCUCGGUGAAAUGACGGCACCUUGUGGAUCACGAUAAUCGGACGACGAUCGGUGACAGUGCGAGGUGGCAGGAGGAGGGAAGGUCACCGGUGAGCAUUGCGGCACGAUAACAGGGCUUGCGACGUACGCUACUGUCACUAAACGUUGACGAGGCAGAAAUGGCACGGCGGGAGUCUCGGUGAGGAAAGGGCGAGGGUGAAGCCCUCGCAGGAAAAGGGAGCUAUGGUGAAAAGCUUGGGUUUCCUCGCCAGAAGGGCACCACCUGCUGUCCACCUUUUCGUCGUUUUGCUCACGCUCGCCCCCGCUUACCACGGCGUGGACCUCUCCCAAUGCAUCGCGCCGCUCGGCAUGGAGUCCGGGACGAUCCCGGACGUGGAUAUCAACGCCAGUUCCAGCUUCGACACCGGAAACGUCGGACCCCACCUGGCACGAUUGAAAUCGGAGAACCUCGGUGGCGCCUGGUGCCCUAAGAACCAAAUCACCCAGGAAGCUCGGGAGUGGCUGGAGAUCGACCUUCAUACUAUCCACUUGAUCACGGCCACCGCUACCCAGGGCCGUUUCGGAAACGGCGUGGGUGUUGAAUUCGCAGAGGCGUAUCUGCUGGAGUACUGGAGGCCGCGACUGGGCAAAUGGGUUCGGUAUAGAGACAUCAAAGGGAAGGAGGUAAUACAGGGUAACACGAACACGUAUUUGGAGUCCAAGCACGAGCUGGAGCCGCCUCUGUGGGCGAGCAAGAUCCGUUUUCUACCCUACAGCUAUCACAGGCGGACGGUUUGCAUGCGGGUCGAGCUCUACGGGUGUUACUGGAGCGACGGUGUGGUGUCCUACUCGAUGCCCCAGGGCGAUAAACGGAGCAAUGGAUGGGAAUUCUUCGACGCGACCUACGACGGACAUUGGGACGGCGAACUGCGCCGUGGCCUGGGUCAGCUGACGGACGGUAGAACGGGGCCUGAUAAUUUUAAAAUGUACUACAUGCCUGAUAACGAUCGCGCCGUGGGCUGGGUGGGCUGGAGGAACGAUAGCCGCGGUCAACCGGUCGAGAUCAAGUUCGAGUUCGACAAAGUCAGGGAAUUCUCCGCCGUCCAUAUCUAUUGCAAUAACGAAUUCACCCGAGGCGUCCAGGUGUUUUCGCAAAUCGACAUACUCUUCAGUAUUGGCGGGAAAUACUACACGGGGGAACCCAUCACCUACACGUACAUGGAGGACAAGAUCUUCGAGACUUCUCGAAACGUCACGAUCAAGCUUCAUCAUCGAGUUGGAAAAUUCGUUAAGCUGCGACUACAUUUCUCGGAUCGAUGGAUCAUGGUCAGCGAAGUAACUUUCGAUUCUGACAUAGCACACGGCAACUUCACGCCCGAGGAAGCUCCGACCACCGAAUCACCUAUUCAGAGUGACGUCUUCGUCGAGAAGAACGGCGCCGCCGAGGGCGAGCUACCAGUUUCGACGGCGAAACACGACGACCCCACGUACAUGGCGAUCGUGAUCGGCGUGCUGACCGCCGUAAUACUUUCACUCGCCGUUGCGAUAUUUCUGAUUGUUUCGCGACACAGGCAACGCAAGUGCUUCGCCAGCCCUAUGACCGGUAAAGCCCCUUCGCAUUUAGGAUCCACCUGCGCCACCGUCGAGAAAGGCGCGGCUCUGAUGGCGUACACCUUGGAGGACGACGAAAGAUACGCGGGCGGUUCUCUGCCGACUCUGCCCCGCGACCUCGGAAAUCGUCUCCUAGACAUCGUGAAGUUGGACGACUACCAAGAGCCGUAUCAGGCGCUAAAGUACGCGCCGUACUACAGCUACAGCACCGUCGUUAUGGAGAUGAAAGACAUGAUGCUGAACAACAAGGGCACCAACAUCAAUCACUCAGCGGUGUACGCGAACGGUGCAGUUGACACGUCGUACGAUUAUGCGGUACCGGAACUCGGCACGGUGCCCCUGCUCAAUCAGGAUGCCGGCGCCGGCCGCGGGGCGACCGUCUCCAACGCCACCGGCGAUCAGGACGGCUUCUUCUCCAAAAGUUCGCGGGCCACGAAGACCGAGGAUAAGAAGUCGCCGACUCAACAGGAGGUACUCUCGGCCCUGAAGAGACGUCUGGAGCAGACCAGCGUACCGCUCUUCCCACGGCAUCGCCUUCGCAUGCUCUCCAAGCUCGCCGAAGGCGCCUUCGGAACGGUAUACGUGGCGGAAGCUGAAGGGAUUCCGGAAUACGGGAUGACGACUACCCUCGGCAAGCGACUCGUCGCCGUCAAGUUUUUACUGCCAGAAACCAGUGAGAAGGAAAAGGUGGACUUCCAAAGAGACGUGAGGAUCCUGGCUGCCCUGGAAGAUCGCAAUAUCGCACGGGUCCUGGGUGCCUGCUACCGCGAGGAACCGUAUUGCGUAGUGAUGGAAUAUCUGGAACACGGGGAUCUCUGUCAGUUCCUCAAGACGCAUAUCACUGCCGAGGAUGCGCAUUCCAUGCCAAUUGGCGUCAAGACACUCAGUUUCAACUGUCUCAUCUACAUGGCGGCGCAGAUCGCGUCGGGCAUGCGGUAUCUGGAGAACCUGAACUUCGUUCAUCGGGAUCUGGCUACUAGAAACUGCCUGGUCGGUAAGGCUUAUCAUAUCAAAAUCUCGGACUUUGGCACGGACAAUGAGCUGUACGCCUGUGAUUACUUCAAGCUCGACGGAACUAUGCCGUUGCCGGUGCGAUGGAUGGCCUGGGAAUCGAUAUUUUUGGGAAAGUACACGACCAAGAGCGACGUAUGGGCUUUCGCAGUCACCCUCUGGGAGAUUUUGAAUCUCGGCAGACGUGUGCCCUAUGACCAUCUGUCCGACGAGGAAGUGGUGCAGAGCCUGCGGCAACUGCAUCACGCCGCCGACUGCGGCAGCGCCAAUCCCGAAGAUAGUUGCAAGGAGGAUUCCAGAAACGGCUUCGAUUACCUGCCUCGGCCCACCGCCUCCUCCAAGGACAUCUACGAUCUGAUGCUCGAGUGCUGGCAACGGGAGGAGACCGAGAGACCGACUUUCCGUGAGAUAUCGCUCUUUCUGCAGCGGAAAAAUCUUGGAUACGCUCCAACAUCCUGAUAUUGAGCCCCGAAUUUCGGCGAGCGCGACGUUAUUCUUAAUAGUCAUACCGAGCGAAUCGGAGCAAGCUCGUUUCUGAAACGGAACGACGAGCGCGCAAUGACGGUCAACGUUCGCAUCCGAGGUACUGCAAGGACGAGCGAAUAACGAUCGAGAAGGGAGGAACGAGCGGCUGUUGAGAAGAGAAGGCGAGAGAUACGACGACGGGAGGACAAUUACGUAUCGCGACAUCGAAAUGAUAAGUACAACAAUGGAAUUUUACUGUCCGUCAACGAAACGAGAGCUUUGGAAACUUGAUGGAGUUUAUCGACGGGAAUCGAUCGUCCUUCAAUUUCGUCUCGAGUCAUACUUAUAUCUUUUUUUUCGGACAACGAGUAUUAGCGGACAGGAAGUAAAGUUAUAAGAGUAGGUAGAGGAGUUAAGUGCGGAUCGAAUCUUCGAGAAUCUUACGAUACUGGGAUUUGUGUCGUGCGAACAGUCCGAGGUAUCGCGUGCCGCGAAUACAACUGAUCUCCGUAGAAUUCUCAAUAGCGAGACUGUUCGAGCAUAUCUAAUCGAUUUAGGGCACGAGGUACACGCGGUAUCGGAUCUCGACGCGAGUAUUCACGUUAGAGUAUCGCGCGAGGAUCCGUAUCGAGAUAAACAUAGGACUCUUUUUCGAAAGACGUAAGAAAGGGUAAGAACGGACGGGAAUAUUUGUGAAACACGACAAUCGCGGACGAGAGCGGAAUAAAAACUCGCCCCGUCGUAGAUAAAGCCGCUAAAGGCGGCGAAGAAUCUCCGUGGCUAGACGGUUCGAGGGAGAUUCGACGUUUGUGAGACAGCGAAGCACCGAGGAGGGGAACACCUCUCGCAAUCGUCGGGAACUUAGGAGCAAUACCAUGUAACUGUAAUACAUGCUGUGAACAUUCCUUGCACGGAUGGGUACCUAUUUUGCGCAAUUAGGCAAUUACGCAAACAGGAGAAGAAGCGUUACUUAAGCAGAAUAAUUAGGGAUUCCCUCGGGAUUAUAUCAUUUUGAUUAAGGGUUCGAUGAGAAAAUGUGUGUGAAUCACAUCGACGUACGGCAAUAUAAGCAGCUACGAUAUUAAACGCUACGACAAUUGUUCGAGUUGAAGCAUCGUAAAGCAUUUAUUAACUGAGUGUAUUUUAUGAACGUGUGGGUGCCUAUUUCCCCCAUCCUUUUCCCCUUUUCUCUUUAUCGCUCUCCCCUUUACUCUCUUUCAACGUAUAUUAUUGUAUUGUCCAGAUCUCUCUGGGCCUAUAUUUGUGAGGCGAAUCUACAUGUGAUUUAUAUCGCGAAAUUCUUUAUCGUCAUAAGGCAUAUCGCGAAAUACGGCGAGAUAAUUAUCAUGCUGCAAUGACGCAUCGAUGACGAAAUUAUCUGAUAGUGAGAAAAUUAAAAACGACCUUUUUAACAAUAUUAUACCUUUGGUUCGUAUCUGAAUAGAAAUCCGUGUGGAAACGUAAUACACGUGAGAAUGCUGAAAUAGCUUCAGAAAGCAGAGUCAAGUGACUGUAAGGAUUUCUCGAUAGUGCAUGUUUAUUCGAACGAUGUAAGUACCGCAAUCACAGUUUAACGUGAAUGGGAUUUGUUGUCAUAAACUAGACGAUAUCAUACGUCGUAAGCGUAAGCGUAGAAAAGAGGUAACGUUUUACCUAUUCUGCAUUGGAAGAUGGUAAUAGACUACGUAUCAUGACUAUGACACAUCAUAAUUGUAACUUUAUAUGAUAGGCGGGAUCAAUGAAAUUAGAAUAUUGUAUAUAUAGGCGUACAUAGUAAGGAGCGUUGUCAUUACAUUUUUUCAAGAGUUGGCGGUCGGUGAAAAAAUCGAAUUGUCUCCGAGAUAGCGUUACACGCUCGCUUCGUAAUUUGGUAUUAAUGUGAAAACGUUAUGGCAAUUGUUUAGCUUCCGGUAAGUUAUACUAUCCGUAGCGAGUGGUAAUAAGUUGGCGAAAGUUUGACAUAUCGGAACCGUACUUUCUUAUAAAAUUUAAAAAAAAGAGAAAGAGAGAGAGAAAACGCGCGCGGAGAAUGGAAAGUGAGUCGUAAUCGCUUUCAAACACUUUGAAAUUAAUGGGCCUAUACGCCCGUCUGUUGCGCGUCUUCACCGAGUACUCGAGUCCGAUAAUAUAUUUCGAUCGCUUUAAGUUCCGUGUAUUUAUAUACCAGAUGGACACUAUUAUAACUUAUGCGAUAUUUAGCGGAUAGACGAUGUUACCGUUAUAUCAUUAAAAUACUAUUUAUAUAAAUUAACAUAUAAUAAUACCGCAUAAGGAGUAGCGAUGGUACGGAGGCAUAGCCAUAUGUAGUUAAAAUAUACGCGUUGAAUUUAAACGUAACUGGAAUUGCUUCUAUAUCAGCGAGAUCGUCUAAAGCGAGUGGAAGAGGAGAAUCCGCGGCUAAUACGAAUCGCGUAAAUAAAUUUACGAGGUAAUAGAAUUAGGCAAUACCAAUUUUUGAUCUUGCCAGAGGUAAAUAGUUAAUAGCCAAUCGAUUAAGUCGUAAGAGCGCUAAGUCUAAUUUACAUUUUGCAUAAGAGUAUCGGAUCCAAUAGACAUAUAAUAAUUUCGUGCUGUCGCGAAAAUUUUUGGCCGAUCGAUUUUUACGCACCGGUUGUGACUGAGUUGAAACAAUAAUAACACUACCUAUCGUCGGUAUACACUUUUAGUCCGAAGCAGACUGCCAUUGUAUUUCUAGAUGAUAAACAGAGAAUGAAUUGUAGUUGCGUUUAGAUUCGCCAAUAUAAGCAUAACGCUGCCUUUGGCUAUAUUGUUGCCCUUUACUGCUAACGAGUAACUUACUUGUCUACUCAUGUGAUAAUUUAGUAUAUUUCUACGUAUCUACCUGUACCUACCAAUUUGGAAAUCUUCAUGGCGAAAGGAUUAUUCCAAAUUACUUUGUUUUUAUUAUAAAUCGUAGUGUUUAGGUGAAAUAUUAUUAUAAUUAAUUCUCUUAAUAAAAAUUUGAAACGCAGAAUAAUUAUGAAUAAUGAUGAACGGAAUGAUGGCACGGAUCCUAUGUUAGGAUCUAACGCAGCUUCACCAUAUAAAUUCAGAAUGCAGCCGUUCCAUAAUUUAUUAGAAGUCGAGCAUUUUAGUGAAAUAGGAUAAUAUGUAUAAUAUGAGAUAAAACAUAAAGAAACUAAGCAUAA